AUGUGCGUGUGGUUGGCCCCGGGGAUCGAUCGCUGGUCUCUGCCGGGGCCUGAUUCUCAGGGAGGGCGCGUGAUUCGAACGUGUGGUUACGCCCACGGCGGCGGCGGCGAGAGAGCGCGCGAGCGACCGACCCCCGCUCUGCCACCACCACCACCAUCACCACCACCACCGCCGCCGACGCCGCCGCCAUCUCACGGAGGUGGGAGGGAGAUCGACGGCGAACGGACAAACGGACGUACACGUCUCUGCUGGCUGCCUCCUCGAUGCACCCCAUCCAUGGACAGCAUCGCCCGGGUGUUCACAGUCGGUAACGGCUGCAAGGCGGUCCGUUACGAUGAGGAAACCACUGUCGAGCGAGUUUUACAAGUUGUACUCAAUGGAAUCGGUAUUACAACCGUAGCUCAUGCUCAUUUUGCUCUUCGGCUAUUAGCGGGAUCAUCACCACGUACCGCUGGCGAUCACGUAUGGCUUCAUCCAUGCCUCCUUAUCUCGAAUCUUCGACAUAUUUAUGCGAGAUUUUUGCCGUCCACUUCAUGUGGUGAGGAACUCAGCUUGGAGCUCCGAUUACGUUUCAUUCCUCAAUCAGCCUACGAACUUCUGCUGACCGAAACCAACGCGUUCUUCUACCUCAACGAACAGGUUUUCGAAGACUUUCUUGGACAUGUCGCAUGGAAAGUGAACCAGGAAGCCGCUCUCGAACUCGCUGCUCUCAAAGUAUGCCGCGAUUUUCUGGAAAAGCAAGCGAAAUCCUGUCUGGAUCAUAGGGUUGAUAUAGACUCGAUCGACAUAGAAGCUGCAAUGCAAGCGUUCAUUCCUAAGACAGUUCUCUGUAGUGGAAAUACGAAACCAUCAGCUCUAAAACGACAAUUUGUACAGUUGCUGAAAAAAUUCGCCCCUCUUCCUGCUACUGAAUCGGUGCUUCGUUCACUUUCCAUCCUCAUCGAUAUUGUCAAAUUUGAUGUUGAGGUUUUUAAAGCUAGCAUGGGGGUUGGUUGGUCAUCGCCAGUGGAUUUAUUAGUAGGUCCGGAGGUUGGACUUUCAUACAGGAUUAAUGAACGUUGUGAGAUCUCCCGGUUAGCCGAAUUGCGGUCUGUUCUCGAGAUUAUUAUCAGAAAAAUGGAGCAAAGCUCUGAAAAAGCUAUAGUGCAGUUGAAAAUUUCCGGCAACGCUCAACCUAUGUUGAUCACAGUGGCAACUUAUGACAUUGCCGAAUCCUUGGCACAUUUAAUCGAUGGCUAUCAAAUGAUGUAUAAUCAAGGAAGUUCAGUGUAUAGGAUGAAAGGUUUGGAACGUUGUGAGAGUGCGGAUAUCCGUGCCACUACUAUUACACACCGGACACAUAAUUCAACCCCCGGAGUGGGUCACGAUCUUCGAAUACGAAGGGAACAUGUAACGUUAAAGGAGCUGAUUGGUGGCGGACAAUUCGGGAAUGUAUAUAGAGGAACUUUAGCGGAUCCGGGAUCUCCUCCUGUAACAGUUGCGGUGAAAGUGUGCAAAAUGGAAAAUGAACCAACAGACACUCAAUUAAUUUUACAAGAAUCACAUCUGAUGAAGAAUUUACAACAUGAGAAUAUAAUUUCAUUAGUUGGAGUUUGUAUGGAUACACCAAUGUGGCUCGUGAUGGAAUUGGCACCUCUUGGCGAGCUUCGACAAUACUUACAAUCGAAUCGAGCAUCUCUGUCACUUACAUCGCUUAUUUUGUAUUCACUUCAAGUUGCUCGUGCUAUUUGCUACCUCCAUGGGAAAUCAUUAGUUCAUAGAGAUAUUGCGGCUAGAAACGUACUAGUUUCCACACCAAAAUGUGUGAAAUUGACCGAUUUUGGACUUAGUCGAGCUCUUGACUAUGAUGCUGUUUAUACAGCCUCUCGUGGUAAACUGCCGAUCAAAUGGCUUGCACCGGAAUCGAUCAACUAUCGGGAAUUUAGUAUGGCUUCUGAUAUCUGGAUGUAUGGCGUAUGUGUAUGGGAAAUUCUUUCGUGGGGUGCGAAACCAUGGCAAGGUGUUGCGAAUGCGGAUGUGAUUAGUAGAGUGGAGACAGGAGCUCGUCUGCCGUGUCCGGAUACAUGUCCUAUUCCUCUCUAUAAUUACAUAGAGUUAAUGGUUUGGGCAAUGAAACCGGCAAAACGACCAACAGCAAAAGAAAUUGUUUCGAUAAUGGAAACAAUCUAUGACCAAUUGAAAAAGCAUGUCCCACCUGAAGAAAUACAUCUGGUCCGUCCUACUCAGAAUGUUCCCGUGCUUCUGACAAAUAUUUCCACACUACCUAACCUUACUCUCUGGAGAACAUUGGAAGAGCAAAAACGACAAGGUGAAGAGGAUGAUAAAUGGUUGGAUGAACAAGAAGACCUUACUACUUACGAUCCUGCAGAAGAUCAUGAACGUGGACAUAAUGGUUUCGCUUCAACUAGCCGAACUGCUUCGAAUGGUUCGAUUAAUGGGAGACCGACUAAUGGGAGAGUAUCUCCCAGCCUAACAUCAGUUCAUCGAACAGUAAUUGCCGUAACGGAUGCCGUGGACCGUCUUAAUAAUGCCUUCAAUAUUCACAUGAAACAUGACGACUUCGUUUCCUGUGUAAGAGACAUCACCUCAAAGCUACGUGAAAUGUUCGCUGAAUCGACGGAUGUAUUGGGACAAAUGCCAGAGGAGAAGAGAAAAGAGGUGGAAAUGACAGAAGCUUUGAUUGGAAAUGACAUGCGACAAAUGGGAAAAGUUGUCCAGCAAGUUGUCGAUAACAGCGGUAAUCCGUCCUACCAUAUCUAUCGUCGCGAAGUUGUUCGGAUAGCCAAAGAAUUGGCUGUGAACUGUACAAACUUCCUCUCAUUGUUUGAAAAUCGUAAUCGGACGACGAUGCCCGAUUUUCGAGCCGUUCUUUCAGACUGCUAA